CAGCAAGGCUGUGUCCAGUGACAACGAACCAGGCCCAGCCCGCCUUAAAUCUAUCGGUAGGUUCAAUCUGUAUAUCUUUCUGAUCAUAUCCUCCAUCUUUGUGGUUCCAGCCAUCAACUUCUCCGUCAACCUCCGUGGAUACAUCCUAUCUCCACUUCCCUCAAUAAACCUUCAUCCAUUAGCCACACACACAUAGUCACCAUGAAGUCGUACUUGCUGCCUUUGACUGCGGCUCUGUUCGCCUCGUCUUCUCUUGCCGCCGGUUGGCUCCCAUCAUGUACAUGGUCUGACUGCUUGGGCUCUUGGGACGGUACUACUUGUGAUGCAUCGAGUGGCUGGGAGUGCGUCUGCUCUAACCAGACUGCCAUUUCCCAACUCAACACCUGUGUCGCUACUUCCUGCACCAACCAGACCGAUCAGGAAGCCAUCUAUGGAGCCGUUGCUCAACUUUGCGCCAACGCAGGCGUGACUGUCACCAAUUCUCAACAGGCUACUUUCAGUGCUACCUCUGGCGGCUCUGCUUGGCCAACCAUCACCUCUGGUCCUGGAUUUGGCCCAGGUGGACGAUGGGACUCUGAAGCAUGGUCAAGCUGGGUCUCUGCUUACUCCACUGGCCUUCCUGCUGCACCAAGCGGUUGGGAUGGAAAGGGUCCAUGGGGCGGCCCUGGCCAGUGGGGCGGUCACGGUGGUGGCCCUGGCAAUGGUUUCGGAGGCCGUGGUGGCCCUGGAGGAUUUGGCCCUUGGGGAACAAAGGCUGAAGGUAUCAACUGUGAUUCAUGGACCACCUGGACUGCUGGCUGGGGGCCUCUCUCGUCCUGGACUGGCACCUGGUCUGGCUGCAGCACCACCACUGCCGCUCCCGUCCCAGCCACCGUCACAACUACCGUCACGACCGGUGGAGUGACUCAGGUCCUCACCGGCACUACUUUUGGCAUCCAAGCCGUUGUCACCACUGGAUCGGAUGGAAAUGGCGCGACCUCAUUGCGCGGCCUUGGUGCUUGCGGUGCUUUGUUUGCUGCCAUCUUUGCCACCAUGAUCGUUCUAUAAAAGAUCUUGCUCAUUGCAACACCGGCGAGGAGUUUGAAUGCGGGACUGUGAAUCAUGCCUUUCAUCGAUUGGUGCAGGGUUGGCGUUGGCAAAUUUGGCUGGGAGCAUGCUAUGAAAUUGAUGAAGUUCUUCGAACGAUAUUAUUGCAAGAACUGUAUUGUUAUAUAUAAUGAUUCGAUGAUCAAUGCCGAAUCGCUCAAUGACACUGCGAAGAUGUCUACG